UGUUGAGGGGAGUCGCCAGGAAAGAGAAAAGAAGGAAGAGGCGGGUAUAAGGUAACCUGCCGCGGUGAUGCGCCUCUCCCAUUGGUAUCCUUACGCCCUCCGGUAGGGCUGUCGAAAGGAAGGAGGUCGACGAAAAAGCGAAGGGGAAGAGGCGGAGAAAAGCCGGCGCUGAUUGGGCGUCCGGAAGAGAGACGUCCCUGCACGCCGGGCUCUUUGAUUGGACGGCUGGUGAGAAAGGUUAAACCAAAAAUUUUUUUACAGCCCUAGUGUGUGUCUGUAGCUCGGAAAUUAAUUGUAGCUAAAGCCGUCUCUGCUGCUCUCAGCCUCAGCCCGGCAGCUGAUUUUUCUCCCCCCCUCCCUUGCUCGGGUGGAAUAGGGGGGUUCCAGGCACCAUGAAGUAGUUUGGACAGAAGGACUUGGGGCGCCUUUUUUUUUUUGGAAGGGGGGGCGCAGUCAUAUUUUCGUGCCCUUCGGGGGGAAAAAAAACCCUUUUUGAACCAUUUGGCAACCCCCCCUUUCCUCACCCCCCCCCUCCCGUGGCUUUGGCUCCGGCUCCCUUGCUAGGAGCCAGUUGGUCUUUUCCAUCCCCUGCACGGGCGCUCCCGGUCCUUGCUACAUGCCUUGCAAAGCUCUGGAGCUGGUGGGUGUGCAAGUGCCCAGCCGCUCCCGCCGCCUCACUGCCGCCCGGCGCUUCGCCCUCCAGGACGGACCUCGCCGCGCCCGUUGCCUCGCCUUCCUCCCGGCUCUGCGACUUUCCCCUCCUGCCUAGAGUGUGAUGUUGGACAUGGGCGAUAGGAAAGAAGUGAAAAUGCUGCCCAAGUCGUCCUUCAGCAUCAAUAGCCUGGUGCCCGAAGCCGUCCAGAGCGACAACAACCACAGCCACCAGCAGCACCAUCCUCACCACCACAAUAACCAUCACCCGCACCACCACCACCACCACCACCACCAUCACCACCACCACCCAACCCAGACGCCGCAGCCUCAGAGAGCCACCCCAGCGGAGGACGACGAGGAGGAAGAAAAGAGCCAGCUUCUGCUGCAGCCCCCCGGGGUGGGGGCGGCCGCGGCCGCCGGGGCGCCGGCCCCCUCGGGCCCCCUGGAGGUAGUAGCCAAAGGGGACCUCUUGGCCGGCAAAGGGGAAGCCGGCUCAGCCGCCGAGCUGGACGACAAGGAGAAAGGGCCGUCCGAGGAGAAGAAAGGGGUGCCGGAAGGGGCCAAGGAAGGGGCCGAUGGCGGCGGCGGCAAGGAGGGCGAGAAGAAGAACGGCAAGUACGAGAAGCCGCCCUUCAGCUACAACGCGCUGAUCAUGAUGGCCAUCCGUCAGAGCCCCGAGAAGCGCCUCACCCUCAACGGCAUCUACGAGUUCAUCAUGAAAAACUUUCCCUACUACCGGGAGAACAAGCAGGGCUGGCAGAACUCCAUCCGCCACAACCUGUCGCUCAAUAAGUGCUUCGUCAAAGUGCCGCGGCACUACGACGACCCGGGCAAAGGCAACUACUGGAUGUUGGACCCGUCCAGCGACGACGUCUUCAUCGGGGGCACCACCGGCAAGCUCCGGCGACGCUCCACCACCUCCCGGGCCAAGCUGGCCUUCAAGCGGGGCGCCCGCCUGACCUCCACCGGCCUGACCUUCAUGGACCGGGCGGGCUCCUUGUACUGGCCCAUGUCUCCCUUCCUGUCCCUGCAUCAUCCGCGGGCCAGCAGUACGCUGAGCUACAACGGGAGCACGUCGGCUUACCCCAGCCACCCCAUGCCCUACAGCUCAGUCCUGACCCAGAACUCCUUGGGGAACAACCACUCCUUCUCCGCCUCCAACGGCCUGAGCGUGGACAGGCUGGUCAACGGCGAGCUGCCCUACGCCACUCACCAUCUCACGGCGGCGGCCCUGGCCGCCUCGGUGCCCUGCGGCUUGUCGGUGCCGUGCUCGGGCACCUACUCCCUCAACCCCUGCUCGGUCAACCUCCUGGCGGCCGGCCAGACCAGUUACUUUUUCCCCCACGUCCCUCACCCUUCCAUGACUUCGCAGAGCAGCUCUUCCAUGACGGGCCGGGCCGCCUCUUCCUCCACUUCGCCUCAGGCGCCCUCCACGCUCCCGUGCGAGUCCUUAAGACCCUCCUUGCCGAGUUUCACCACAGGAUUGUCGGGGGGACUUUCUGAUUAUUUCACACAUCAAAAUCAGGGGUCUUCCUCCAACCCGUUAAUACAUUAACCUCCAGGGGAGCCAAGACUGUAAGUGAACAUUUUACACACCUUUGCGUUGUAAAUGAUAGUGAAAGGAGAGCGAGAGAGAGAGAGAGAGAGAGCGCGAGCGAGAAAGAGCACGAGAGCGAGACUAUAAAAAGAACAAAACAGAAAGGAAAACAAAACAAAAAAAAAACAAAAACUCACCCAGGAAAAAAAAAGAGUCCAGGUAUUUUUUAUUAAGUUUUCCCCUCUUCCCCCAUUUUCUGUACGUUUGUUCAUUUUUUAAAAGGGUUGUUUAUGAUUCCAGACCAGGGAGGCGAGUCAGCAAGAUGGGAAGAAUACCUCGUAUAGACAAUGCAUUUGGGAAAAAGGAAGGGAGUAUUAAUAUUAAAAUCUCAUAAGGAUGUAUAUCUGAAAUGCUUUUGGCCAUUUUGAUUCCGGUAAGAAAUGCCGGGCUGCUAGAUUUUCCAUGUUUGCAGUAUUAUAAGUUACCAUGAAUAUGUUGCUGGGUGCAGAUCGUGGGAAUAAAAAUACAAAAUGGAUAAAUCCCAUGAUGCAAAUGGUCAUUUGUAUAAGAUGCAAAGCAAUUUGGCAGAGAAGUUCAAGAAUUAAGUUUUAACCAUGGAUUCUUUUGUCCUCCACUUUUUUUUUUUAAAAAAAGAGCUAUUUCCCCUCUUUAUUUUUUUUCCUCCUUUUUGUUUACUUUUAGACCAAAGAUUGGGUUUUUAGAAAAUGCACUCAGUAUGCGAAAUGUUUUCUUUUCUUUAAAAUAUGGAAUAUCAUACAUCAGAAUGAUAUAAUUUCAGUUUUGCAGCACUGCCCAUUUCAGUGAAUCCGAGGGGACAGAAAAUCAUGAAUUGCCUUCAGUUUGUGUUGUGUAUAUUUAGAUGUAUGUGGUCACUAACAGGUCACCUUUAUUUUUUUUAAAUGUAGUGAAAUGUUAAUACCUAUUGUACUUAUAGGUAAACCUUGCAAAUAUGUAACUUGUGUUGCGCAAAUGCCGCAUAAAUUUGAGUGAUUGUUAAUGUCGUCUUAAAAAAAAAAAACUUGAUUGUGAUACUGUGGUCAUAUGCCCGUGUUUGUCACUUACAAAAAAAAUGUUUACUAUGAACACACAGAAAUAAAAAAAUAGGCUAAAUUCAUAUAUAUUCCAUAAUGCUUUUGUCUCUUUUAUCCAGGCGUUUUAAUACCCAAAAGGCUUUUAAAACUGUAAAAAACAAAACAAAAACUAAAGCUGAAACCUUAGGGCCGAAUUUCUCUCCAGCCCCUGCUGCUUUUGCAGUAUUGGCCAAAGAACCAAUGGCUCCAGGCAGAAUUUCCAGGCAGGAAAGAAAUACAGCAUGCCUCGUCUUUUUCUGCUUGCAAGUUAUAAAUCAGUAAAAUGCUGCUAAGUUUUCAAUGAAAAACAGUUUGCAGGCGCAGCCACAAAACCGCGGCGUUUUGUGCUAUCUUGAGGUUGGCGUUUUCGUUGGGCUGCCUGGCAAAGCUCCUGGCUUUAACUACAAGCAGUUUUCCUUGCAAGGGCUAGCCGUGUGGAGGUGACAUUAAGGACCAUUUGAACGCCAGCCGAGCUGCUGUCGUUCAAAGCCUCCAGCAUUUGAGCCGCGCUUACUGCGGAGGUAAACCUCGUUGACUUUAACGAGACCUUGCAAUCCUAGCCUUGCCCAUAAAUAAAGCCAUCUGAACUCGGCAGGGCCUAGCUGCUUAGGUCUGGGCUCUCUCUUGAGCUUUUGGAUGCGAAGCAAACCUCCUGGCCCUUUGUGAGUGUAAAGGUGUGAACUGGAUGAAUGUUGUGUCUGUACAGUUAUAGACAUAAGCAGUUCUUGUUAUUCCGUUUCUAAAUUCUAAAAGACAUGUAUAUUUGGUGCCAUUUUUAAAAAGUCUUCUAGAUGUAUGCUUUUUUGGAGGGGAUAUUUUCUUUCUUUCUUUCUUUCUUUCUUUCUUUCUUUCUUUCUUUCUUUCCUUCCUUCCUUCCUUCCUUCCUUCCUUCCUUCAUCUUUUCCUUCUUUUUCUUUCUCUCUCUCUCUCCCACCCUCCCUCUCUUUCUUUAGAGAACGAUGUACAAAGAUUUGUUAGAAAAAAAGGGGGAGGGGAGGAAAGCUAUGUUGAAAUGAUGUCACAGACUCUGCAGAACUGAACGUUUAAGUCCUUACGAAUGACAUCAAUUUCUGCGAUGAAAGGGACAGACUUCAGCUUCUUCAGAGCUCUUAAACCCAAACGCAAUUGCUGGUUGGAAAAGACUGGGGGAAAUGCUGCUUUUGAGAGUUUGUUUUGUGGCCACACGAGCAAAGAGGGGAAAAUAAACAUCCGGUUUUAGGGACAAUUUCGGGAAGGAGGGCAAUCGUUCUUGCAAAUCACUGCAGAAUUUGUGCAAGGGCUUCUUCCCCCCACCCCCCACCCCCGGCUAAUUGGAUCCCGCAGAGAGUCCGCGGAGAACAAGUUCUUCAUUUGUUGCAAUUGUGUAGUCCGCAAAAUGUCCCGGGUUAAAGCAAUAAACGGGCUCCCUUCUCACCACGGGGGAAGAAAAAUAAUCUCUUUCCUGGAGAUGCUAUCGCCAAAUGCUUUAAAAAGGAGACUUCCACCCGCCCAGGAAAAAAAAGGAGGGAGAGAGAAAGGCCCGCCACAAAAGGAACAGAAGUUCGGCUAGGCUGAGUGAUAAGAGCAAAUGCAGGAAGAUUGAUAUCAUCAUUAAGAAGCGAAAAGGUGGCGUUGAGGGACCUUGAGAAUUCGAAGUCCUUAUCACAAUAAAUCGGGAAGAAAAGAGAGAUGGAGGCAGCUGAGAAGAUCCGAAGUUUUCUUAACUUUGUCAAGAAGAUGAGCCGACUUACACAAUAGCAACCAUUGUAAAAGUCAAUAUCCAGUUCUCCUGCAACCGCUGUUAGAACUAGGCUAGGUUAGUUUUGCAAAGCUAGAAAAUCUAAUGAGCACCUUGAUUUUUUUUUUUUUUUAAGGAAAGAAAGAAUCGAUCAAACAAACAAAACAAAACUAAAAAUAUAAAGUGCUUCUGGUAUUUUUUUUCCCUAUAGACUUCAUAGUCUACAGAUUUUAUAUCUAACAUCUGUAGAACUAUCUGGGUCUAUAUCUGAACCUAUAUUCCAAGAUAGAGUCCUCGCCUGACAUCACUUUUGCUGAAGCCAAACGAAUCAGCAAGAAGGGUCUGGUGGGGUCCAGUUGACAAAGUACCUGGUGUGUUGUUAUCUAACUCUUGUGGGAAACCCAACAGCAAGGAUUAAUCCUGCUAUUUCAUAGUGCUUUUUUGGGGGGGUGGGGGUAGAGAUAUAAUGGGUGUGCUCCAAAUCGUAUGUGUGAAUAUGUGACUACAGACAUAGGUCUGGAAAGGGUGGGGGGACGUGGUAUGUAGAAGCCAGAUUGGUUCAAUAAUUGCAAGCCUAAUCAAAGACAUAGGAGGGGGGAAUCCCCCCGUUGGUUAAUAAGCAUUAAUUAGGUAAACUUGGUGGAUAAUCAUGGCUGAGAAAAAGGUGGGGCGAUGGUGGGUUUCUCCGCACGCAUUUCAUCUUGAAGGUGUAAACAGGCGCUUGUUGUUCAAAUGCCGCUUUCUGAAACGGGUUGAUGUGGAUUAAAUCAUUCGGGUGUCAUUUCUUUUUCUUCUUCCUUUUUUAAAAAAACAUUCUCGUAGGAUGCGGGGCGGGUAUCCCGGCCGAGGAGAAGGAGUCCUAACUGUUGCAUCGACCUAUCUCAUUAUUAUUUCUAUUGUAGUUGCAAAGUACUUUUUCAAAUGCCGUCGAGGGAGGGAGAGAAGGAAGGAAGGAAGGAAGGAAGGAAGGAAGGAAGGAAGGAAGGAAGGAAGGAAGGAAGGAAGGAAGGAGCUAGAUAACUAGGCUGUGUCUUUUCUGUAUUGGUUGUGAAAACAAUCAGCUUCCUCUCCCCAAACUCUUUUCACAAACUUUCUCUUAUAUCAUCUAUCUACCUUCAACUCUCAACCAAACUACUAAACCUUUUCUUUUUCUCUAGAGAUGACUCACGUGCUCUUUAUAUAAUAAAAGAUUCAGAUUCUGGAUUUUCUGAAUAAAUGCUACCAAUAUAUCCCUUAAAUAUCUCCCCCUGUAAUUACAUCCACUAUAAUUUGUUACUACUAUGGCCAUGGCAUGCAGAUAACCUAUUAGAUGUACCUUUUUAAAGUGGUCUCCUUGUUCUCUCCCCCGCCAUUCGAAUAUUUAAAUUGUUUGGGUUAAAUUUAAAACUGUUUGGAAGUUACUAGUCAGUAACUAGUCAGCCUGUCACAAGAAAUGGUACAUUUGUAGCUUCUCUCCAUCAUAAAUGAUGUGGCGAUAUUUUGAAAGAGUGGGUCAUUAAGAAGUUGAUUUUUAAAGUAUGAUUAGAGUAUAAGUCAACAUGAUUCUUAGAGUAAGGCCAUUAGAUUUAGCAGAGUUUACUCUCUAGUAAACGAGUAUAGAGCUAAGGGCAGGAGAAAUCGUGCUUUCAGGAAAAAAAGGGAAUUGUUUUUUAGAGGGUGGGGUGCUGUUAAACUCAACUGGUAGAAAGGCUGGGUGGUUUGGCCUUUCCAGUCUUAAAAAGCGGGGUGCUUGUCUGGGACUUGAUCUUUUGGUAUCCUUUGAAAUAAUAAGGGUGCUUAGUUAAAUCUGGGAACCUUAAGCUGUCAAACAAUUUAACCCCUCCAAAGACCCCUCCCCCCAAAGCUUUAUUUUAAAAUGAGAACUGGGUGCUUUUGUUCAAUCCCCAGGGCACUGUUUUAGGCUGCCUAAGUUUUCUUUCUUUCUUUUUUCUUCUUUUUUUCUUCCCGUGAUUUUUAUUGCUAGGUCUGGAUAAAUUGAACCCAUUUCUCCAUCCUGUGGGACUUACCUGGCCUUGUCCUCUAAAUCCUGAAGAAGUUUUUGGGCCUUCAGUUCUACCUCCAGCCUCAUCAGUUUUAUUAUUUGAACCAGACCAGAACACCUAGCAUUCUCUCUCCCACCUCACCUCACCCCCCCUCCCCGUUUUUUUUGUGGGUUUUUUUUUUUUUUGAUGAACUUCUCAUCUUCAUAGACUUAUUUGCAUAUGAAUGCAUGCUCUUUCUUUCUCCCCCCCCCCACCCCGCAUACUUUUGCAAAUAGAUGGUCCUGGGCAAAUCUCUCUUCCGUCCUUGAAGCCAGAUCAGCCUUGGGGAAGGUGACUUGGAGGAAAGAAAAGGAGCGAGGCGGAGAAAUGACAAAGCUGAUCCCACCAGCUAGGCUCCCGCAAGGAGGCCCACUCAGUUCAGUGGUCCUUGGUGGCAGUGGGGAGGUGGAGGUGUGGGGGGGGAAGAGAGGGUUAGCUCAGGACUUACGCAGGAUGACUUGGCGCUCGCUUUGUGUUCUGGAUCUCUGCUUCGGAAAGUGGGGGAGCUCUGGGUUAGCGAAAGGUGAAGGUGAAGAUCAGGAGACGUUCGGAGGUCCGCCUGACUGCGCCUUACGGCUCUUUUGGACGGCUUGGGGGUGACCCUGCCCGGAGGGCGGUGGCGUUCCUGCGAUUUUCUAUCUCAACGGAAGGGGGAAAAAACCCCCAAACCUGCCGGCAAAGAGAAGGGGGACCCUCCAGGAAGGCGAAACCAAAUCCUGCUGGAAGAUCGCAGCAAGGUGGCUGGAUCUAUCCCAACUCCCAAGGAAACGGAAGACUCGAAAGAAUUUCAGCAUGCCAAAUAGGCAAGAGAGCCAAGGGGGACCCAAAAGCCGAGACAUCUUUUGUUUGCCUUGUGAAGCGGCUGGGAAGAAUGACCUGUGGCGCAAAGAAACAGCCGGGACCAGAAGACACCAGCCGGCUUCAAGCGUUUCGGUCUUUUCACCUCUUUCCAAGCGGGUGGUGAAAAAUCAUCUGUGUUUAGCACCACAAUGCGAGGACCAGGAGGCAAUUCUCCCAGCACAACUAUCUAGAGGCUCCUUUCCCCAGAAGUGCCACAUUGCGCUUACUUUGGCUGGAUAAUUCGAAGGAUGGAGCACCAGUGCUGCAGGGCAGAGACCCACAACCUGAAGUGUCCGCACGGGGCCUCCUCAGUGGAGGGGAAAAAAAAAUCUUUCAGAGAAAAGUGGCUUGAAAAGGGUGGGAGAUUGAGAUAAGAGCCACACACACAAGGGAAAACUGUUGGCUUCGGGGAUAGGGUGGAAGAAACUGAAACAGUGUAAAUGAAAUAAUAUUCUGGCCUUUG